GUAAAAGACGUGGACUAACGGCCUUCCCACAUUUUCCCUUUUGAAGUUCGCUCAAUUUCCUCUCUCUCUGUCUCUCUUUCUCACACACACUCACACACUCUCACAAAUCGCAAUGAUCGUGUCGCUUGCGAUUGGCUUAAGAAGUCUCUUCACCGUGCUGGGAUGUGUGAUCACGGCCACGCUCAUUUACACCAUCGCCACCGAUGGCCUUCCUUUCCGUAGAGAACUUCUCACUCCGUGGAUGGCAGCAACCUUGGUUGAUUUCUAUAUCAAUGUUCUAGCUAUUGGGGCUUGGAUUGUCUACAAGGAAUCAAACUGGAUCAGUGCAACACUUUGGCUAGUUUUGUUAGUUUGUUUGGGAAGCAUUACUACAUGUGGCUACAUCGUUUUGCAAUUCCUCAAGCUAUCACCACCAGAAUCGUUACAAGAUCCAAUUUACUUUGUUUUGUUGCGACAUCAAAAUAAGGAUGGAGUGGAACAAAAGAAGAAGUUUUCUUUCCUAGCUGCAAGAGUCCUCUUCAGUGCUUUGGGUUGUUUGAUGUUGGGAACAUUGAGUUACACUCUCAUAACAGAUGGUUCUCCAUUUCGCAGAGAGGUCUUGACCCCGUGGAUGGAAGCAACCCUAGUUGAUUUCUACAUAAAUGUUGUGGCUCUAUCGGUUUGGGUGGCAUACAAAGAAUCAAGUUGGAUUAGUGCAGUCUUUUGGAUAGUUUUGUUGAUAUGUUUCGGCAGCAUCACUACAUGCGUGUACAUAGUCCGACAGCUUUUCCAUCUGCCAUCUCAAGAUCCUGUUUACCUAGUUCUUUUCAAUUGCAACAACAGAACCUAGUAUUUACUUCAUGGGAAGAUGGAGCUUCUAUUCUGAUUUAAUCUCUCAUGCGGGGGAAGUACACCUCAAAUGCACACUUACAGACCAUUGUUUUAAAAAGGGCAGAAAACAUUUCAGCGAGCCGACAUGAUAGUGGGUUAGCUGCGCAAGAAAGCUUUUGGCCUAUCCAUUUUGGCUGAAAUAAGUACACAGGCUAAUUUUCUUUACUCAUCCAAUUGAUUGGUGGAUGUUGAUACACAUUGUCUUGGCAUGUAAAAUAAGAAUUGUCUCCGGCAUAUCUCACCAUUGUAUCAUUCUAUAAACUGUUUACAGACCUCAGUUUUUUUUAUCACAGGUGAUUAUA